UGAGCAGGAAAAACAAACAGUUGGAACCGGAAGCUUCAGACAGACACGAAGAGUAGACUCAGAGCUGGCUGAGCGGAGUUGAAAGUGAGCGGAAUUGAAAGUGUAGCUUGAUACUCAUUCUUGGUAGUUCCGUAUAACAUAAUGGCUGAACUAGAUGAAGGUCCAGAAUUUGGGAAAGGUGAUUUCGUCCUUUUGGACGAAAUUAAUGAGGAAAUGUUUAUGCAGAAUCUGAAACUAAGAUUCCAAAAAGGCAAAAUAUACACCUACAUAGGAGAAGUGGUGGUGUCUGUGAACCCAUACAGGAACGUGGAUAUGUAUGGACAAGACACAGUCGAUAAUUACAAGGGAAGAGAAAUUUAUGAGCGACCACCCCAUAUAUUUGCCAUUGCUGAUGCUGCUUAUAAGACCAUGCGAAGGAGAGCCCAAGACACCUGCAUUGUCAUAUCAGGUGAGAGUGGUGCUGGUAAGACUGAGGCAUCAAAAGUGAUAAUGAGGUAUAUGGCAGCCAUUACCCAUGCAAGUGGCCAGGACGAAAUCAACAGAGUUAAAAACAUUCUCAUCCAAUCAAAUGCCCUGUUAGAAGCCUUUGGAAAUGCCAAGACAACUCGUAAUGACAACUCCAGUCGGUUUGGGAAGUACAUGGACAUCAACUUUGACUUUAAAGGUGACCCCAUUGGGGGCCACAUUAGUAACUACCUUCUGGAAAAGUCACGUGUUAUAAGACAGCAAGCUGGUGAACGCAACUUCCAUUCUUUCUACCAACUUCUUUGUGGUGGCACUGACCAACAAUUAGCUGCAUUUAAAUUGGAGCGUAACCCAGAAAUGUAUCAUUAUGUAAAUCAAGGCAAUAGUGUUAAGCUCAAUCAACAAGACAUGGUUGGGUCUGUUAAUGACAGAAAAGAUUUUAAAACUGUGCAAGAAGCAAUGCGUGAUAUGCAGUUUUCUCCGGAUGAGUGCAACACAGUUUGGUCAACUGUUGCAUCUAUCUUGCAUCUUGGUGGGAUUACUUUUGAUAGCGAAGACAAUGAACAAUGUUUUGUGAAGAAUGCUGAUGAGUUAUCUACAAUAACUCAGCUGCUUCAAGUCCAGCAAGAUGACCUAGAGAAAGCAUUGUGCUCUAGAGUGGUGGCUGCCAGAGGAGAGGUCAUGGAAAAAGGCCAUACAACAGAGCAAGCUGAAUACGGUAGAGAUGCCUUUGCAAAGGCCAUAUAUGACCGUCUGUUCAGCUGGAUUGUAAGCAAGGUCAACGAAGCUAUUGAGGUGAAAGGAUCAAAUAUAAAGUACGGAAAGAGCACACUUAUCGGUGUACUUGACAUCUAUGGCUUUGAAAUCUUUGAUAACAACAGUUUUGAGCAGUUCUGUAUUAAUUACUGUAACGAGAAGCUUCAGCAACUUUUCAUUGAGUUGGUUUUGAAGCAGGAGCAAGAAGAGUAUCAGCGGGAAGGGAUACAAUGGCAGGCAAUCGAGUAUUUUAACAACCGGAUCAUCUGUGAUCUAGUCGAAGAGAACCACAAGGGAGUUAUUGCCAUCCUAGACGAAGCUUGUCUAAAUGUUGGCAAAGUCACUGAUGAGAUGUUCCUUGAUGCAAUGAACAAGAAGUUAGCAAAACACCCCCACUACACAAGCAGAGCUCUCCAACCCACUGACAAGACUUUGGCACACAGCCAAGAUUUCCGCAUCCGGCAUUAUGCUGGAGAUGUGACUUAUGUUGUCCAUCAUUUUAUGGCAAAGAACCGAGACAGUCUAUUUCAAGAUUUCAAACGAUUGUUGUACAAUAGUAAUAAUCCAUCCCUCAAAGCCAUGUGGCCAGAGGGCAAACAAAGUGUCAAACAGGUAACAAAGAGACCUCUAACGGCUGGCACUAUCUUCAAGAGUUCAAUGAUUGAGCUGGUUAAGAAUCUUGCUACUAAGGAGCCAUACUAUGUGAGGUGCAUCAAACCAAAUGAGCAGAAAUCACCAUUAUUAUUCAAUGAUGAACGAUGUCUGCAUCAGGUUCGAUACCUUGGUCUCCUUGAGAAUGUCCGAGUUCGUCGUGCCGGCUUCGCUGCACGCAUACACUAUUCACGGUUUCUGCAAAGGUACAAGAUGUUGACCCAAUAUACCUGGCCAAACUUUCGAGAUGGUAGCGAAGAAGAUGGCUGUAGAAUUAUAGUGGAACACUUGCAGUUUGGCGAUGAUGUCAAGUAUGGUCGUACUAAACUCUUCAUUCGUACACCUAAGACAAUUGUGGUUCUGGAAGAGCAGAGGAGAAAACUACUUCCAUCGAUUGUGCUUCUUCUUCAAAAGGUAUGGCGUGGGACAGCAGCCAGGCUCAUGGCCCGGCGUAUGCGUGCUAUUUAUCUAAUAAUGAACUGUUACAAACGUUAUAAAGCCAGGCAGUUUAUGAAGAAAGUGAUUGAGAUAUUCCGAGAUGUGAAGCAUUCACGUGAUCUUGGUAGGAACCGCACCUGGCCGGAACCACCUCAGGUGUUACACAGCUUCACCUCUGAAAUGAAGAAGAUGCACAACAGGUGGGUUGCCAAGACGAUUUUAUCAAGGAUUCCAAAAGAAGACUGGGAACAGGUACGGAUCAAGGCAGCCGCAAUGAACGCAUUGAGAGGCAAACGAUCAGAUUGGGGCUACAGACGAAAGUGGCAAGGGAACUACUUAGCUUCACUAACAGACAACAAUCAAACUGCUCCAUUUGUAGCAGCAAGCAGCAACUUAAAGAACAAAGACAAGUUCGACAAAGUGCUUUUCUCUUCCACCGUUGUUAAGGUCAAUAAGCACAAUAAAUGUGCUGACAGAGCCUUGAUGGUAACAGACAAGUUCAUCUACAAGCUUGAUCCAAAGAAAGUCUUCAAGUCCAUGUCACAUUUCAGCAUCAAUGAUAUAACAGCAUUGAGUAUCACUUCUGGAUCUGACCAGUUGGUAAUAAUUCAUCUCCAAAAUGGCAAUGAUUUGGUUGUUUGUUUGACAAACUCCAGUCAAGAGAAUAGAGUUGGAGAAUUUGUUGGAACUCUGUGCAGACACUGGACACAGACAAGGAACUCAGAUCUAAAAGUAAUAAUAAAUUCAGAGUUGAACUGCCAGCUAGGCAAGAAGCAACGUCGUAUUCGUCUAGAGAAAUCACAGGUUACAUUCCCUGUAUUUGUAAAAAAUGGAGAAGAUCUGCUUUUAGCACACCCAUAGAUUGCAGCCUAGCUACUGUGUUAGAACUGGCUUAUGAGUAUUCAACUGCUGACCAUGAAUAUUUAAUAUCCUGUUUGACUCUAAGUGUGUGAUGACAUUAUGUUCAAUCUCAUAUUUUCUAUAAAGUUGAAUUUAGUUCAUGAUUUAUCCUAAUGUCCAAGCAUUAAACAGUUGACAAAAACAUGUCCAAAUAGGCUUCUAUUUGCUAUGAAUAUCAUCAAAGUGUAAUAUACAAAUCCAAAUGUAAUAAAUCAUGCAAAAUUUAAUUUAAAAAAAAUUUAUACAUUUUUAAAUUACUAUUUUUUCUAAUGAAUUACACUGUUUUGGACAUUUUUUUUUACUAUUGACCAAGGAUAUAAAAACAUAAUUAUUGUUCAACUUGUUGUAUUUGUUAACAAAGCUUAUCUUUGUUACACCAAAAUAUCCCUUCCUGAUUCACACUGAUUAUCUCAAUUGAUCUUCCAAAAUAACAUUAUUUCAUUGUACAAAGCUCCAUAUUUUUAUAUCUUGUAGUUAGAUUCAGUGCCAAUGAUAUAUAAUAAUAUAUAAUCUCAAAUGCUGUAGUAGAUAUUAAGUAGAGUCAUAUAUGUUAUCUCUAAAUAAAAUGUGAUUAUAGUAUUUAAUAAUUCAAUUCUUUCAGUUUAACAUAAAAAAGUUUUGAUCCGCCCACAAAGUAAAUCGCUUCUAAUAUGUAUGCAAGCACAUUAUAUAGAUAAAUAUUUACUUGUAAAUAAAAUAUAAAUUUAUAUAUAACUGUAUUAGCAAAUUAACAAACACAAAUUUAAUUGAGAUCAUUUAGUAAAAUUGUCUAUUAGCAUUAAAUGAUAAGUUUGAAGUAAAUCAUAUGUUUAAGUCUAUAACAUGUGAUUUAUGUUAUACUCUUUGGAGUAACAUCUUAGAAGUAUACUAAAUGUAAUUGCUCUUUUUGCAUCAUAUUAAAUAUGCUGUAUAGUAGUUUAAUUUAUCUGCUAGGCAAACUUUUGAACCCAGUCUUACAAUAUAGUCACAACUGUCAUAUUCAUGGUGGAAGUGGUUAGGUGCAAUGGGAACGGUUUGGUUUCCCAACCUCGAGGUUGGGCUUUAAUCCCUCACUGUUUAUUUCACCUGUGGCCUUGAGCAAGGCACUUUAUUUGCGUUGCUCCUCUCCACCUAGGAGUAUAAAUGGGUACCUGAGGAUGUUCCGAGUGCAAAAUGCGCUGAUAUAUUUCAAGUGGCAAACUGUGGACUUACCCUCGUAGGCAUCUUUCCAAUGACUGGGGUAAUAAUGUGGAAAAGCGCUCUGAGACUAUAUAAAGACUUACUUAUUAUGAUUGUUAUUAUUAUUAUUAUUAUUGUUAUUCAUGUUUGGAAUGCAAAAGCCUUUAUCAUUGUGAUCAAUUUCAGAACAUACAAUGAUUUUUGCAUAAAUAAUUUGUAUCAAUUAGGAAGCUAUAAUAUGUACAGAAACCAAAUCUAUGAACUACUGUACAUUGACAUUUUACUAUUAAUCUGUUUCAAAUCAAAUCAAUAGGCCUAUGUUGUGCUUUUAAUUUGUUUUUGGUGUUAUUGUAUAAUUCCAAAGUGUUUUGAAUUACAAAGUUUAAUUUAAAUAAUUGCAGACAGAAGUUAGGUACUGACAUUCCAGGCUCAUCAGUUUACACAAAAUAUAAUUUCUGUAGUAAUAGAUUACUGUAUAUUUGGACAAUAUUGCUAUACUGUAUAUGACUUUAGAAAAAUGCAACAAGAUGUUUGCCAGUAUCGUGCAAUUUAUAAUUAACCGCUAUAGAUGUGCUUCAAGUUUCAUAUUGUUUCAAGGAAUUUUGUAAUCACUUUUAUAUUCAUAAAAAGUUCGGCUUUAUUUGGUGAUUAAAUGUAUGUUGAAAGAUACUUUGAAUAAGUUUAUUUAAAAUUAUUUUAAUGUAAGCUAUUUUCCAGAUAUUACAGUAUUUGUGAAAUAUUAGCUCACAUUACUAUCUAAUAAUGAUAAAAACUAGGUAUUAUUAUAUCACAUGUCAGUUUGUCACGCGAUGCUGUGACCCUCUAUGUAGUAUAAACGAAAAUAGCUGUCAUUUCCUUACAAAUAUAAAUGUAAAAUGCAAUUGCAAGCAGUUGCAAGCAUAACAGUUUUGCCUAAUAUCGUAAUCAAAUAAUACAGACUUAAAGAAAAUAGAAAGAAGUGUUUGUAGCUAUAGAAUGAUGCCAAAUUACCACUGUUUGUAAUGUUUUAAGAUGUAAAAUGGUGUAUUCAAACUAUUUACAAAAAAAUUUCAUGAUAAAGUCUUUAAUUAAUACUUUUUCUAUAGGCACUCAUACACAUGUAUUGCUUUAGUUUGAUAGAAUUCCGAUUCAUUUUUUAUUUUGUAGUUGAUCACUUAAAUGGAAACAUAAACAAAUGAUAUUUUCAAUGUUUUGUAAUAAAUGUCUGAAAUUAUG